GGGGUUGUUUCUGUUACGCACACCUUUCCCGAAGCGUCCGUAUUUAGGGACAACCAAGUUUCGGCGUGAAAGAAGAUAAGCAUUUCAGUUUAUAACUUUUACCAGCAUCUACCAUGACUGCCACUAAAGACCUCCUGGAUUUGGCAAAGCAUUUGAAGAAAGAGAAGUUAUUUGUGUCCUCUGAGAAGCAACAGCUACAAAGGUUGAACCAGGAAGUUACUAAAACAGCUGAAAACUUGUAUCAUUUGUCAUGGAUCACUCGACAGCAGAGGCAGAACUUGGAAAAGUUGAUACUCGGCUCUUGGGAUAUGUCACCGGCCGCCUGCUGUUAUCGUGCAAACGCUUUGGAACGAGUGAGUUUCGUUGAUGCCUAUAAGCAUGUGAGCUACCACGACACUGUGUACGGUGAGUUUUUGAAAAUGUUGCGAGAGAAUCCCCAGCUGCUCGGCCACUGUCUGCUGCAGGAAAACAGCGUGGAGGAUACACAGAACAUUGCCAAGGUGGUGAUGUCUGCGGUGUAUGGUAACUGUGUCAUGCAGGAAGACGAGAGACAUGUGCUCCUUCUCUUGCAAGCCCUGGUCGAAAACGAGUUGGCUGGUAAUGAUGAUCCACGGCGAUUACUUCGCAGGGGAUCAUGCGUCUUCAGCAUGGUGUUCAAGCAGUUUACAGAAGGUCUGUAUUCUGGUCGGCUGUACUUAACAGCUGCUCUUCACGAACCGCUGAUGGCAUUAUUGAUGGAAGAUGAAUGUUACUUAGAAACAAACCCACAUAAAGUCGUUGACAAUUUUACGCAACAGGAACAAGAGAAACUAUUUGGAUCUCGUGGGAGUCCCGAAUACCAACAGAACGUCCGACAGCAUUUAGAAUCAAACAUAUCUCGCUUAGUGCAACACUGCAACAAAUUUAUCCAAAGUCUUAAAGACAGCAUGUACUGUUUCCCACAAAGCUUGGAUUGGAUUGUCAGUCAAAUUUACAAGAUUACUACGCGUACAGGCAAAAUCAAACCAGAAGAAGUCCGGGCUAUGUGUAUAGAUAUGUUGUUGUUGUUAUUUAUAUGUCCAGCCAUUGUUAAUCCAGAACAGUAUGGCAUUGUGUCCGAUAUUCUGAUCAGUGAGAUAGCCAGGUUCAACCUCAUGCAAGUUGCACAGAUAUUGCAAGCCUUAUCCAUGAAGAUGUACUCCACCACAGACAGCAGAAGUAAUGAUAUCUACUCCAGAUUUCCCAAGGACUGUAUGUCAUCAUUUGUUGAUGUCAUGAUUGACAGUCUGGGCAGUGAAGACAUUCCACCAACCAGUCAACAGCUGGAAGGUACAACCCGCAGUGCAGCGUUGAUAACACAGAGAGAGCUGUAUGCUUUGGUAGCAUAUCUACGCAGUGUGCAGACAUCCAACCCUAAUCACCCAGAAAGUAAAGAUGUAGAGACUAUCUUAUCCACUCUCCCACCUACUCCACCCAAUGCAUGUAUGAGUAGUCCCAGUCAAGGCAGUACACCGAGUACACCGUCACCAACACCUCCCGACACACCCGUCAAUCCUGUCAAGAAAAACCAUGGAAAAGGAAGAAAGUCAAUCAAAAGUGGUGUGCCUACUCUGAGUGAGAUUGAGAACCAAGCUGAGACAUCAACAAACUCAUCAUCAAACCAUUUGUCUGCCCCACCCGCUAUUGUACAGGAACCAGAAGAAGUUCUUGUUAUACCUCUCGGUAAUACUGCUAAUGAAUGUCCAGGGUUGCUCUCUGAGACCAAGGUACUUGAGUCGGCUGAAACAAAAACAAAGACCAAAACAUUGGAGCGUGGAAACCGAGCUAGCCCCUCACUACAUGCGGAAAUGCCAGAGAAGCAGCUCCGUUUCUCAGCUGAUGCAUCGGCCGUCAGCGACAACCUUGAGUCUAUGUCAAUUGGGGCAUCUAACUCUGUGUAUUCCAUGGAUUUGGAAAAUAUCAGUAAUACGAGUGGACUGGAGAAUAUCAGUAGUUGUGCUAGUGGUCGUAAUACCCCUAGGUCAACUGCUAGUAGUGGCGAUGCUGCCAGAGCACUGGAAAUGCUGGAGAGCGAACCACACGAUAUUUCAGAUCGGUUUGGCAAAUUUGAAAUUCAGCCUUUAGAAAAAGAGAAAUCACAGAUGGACGCAGUAGAAACAUGGAGUGAAACAUGGAGUACCGAUGUCCUGGCUAGUGACCAGUCGGAGCCUCCACCAGAACACAAUCCAAUGGAAAGACUGCAAGAGAUUGCUGAGGCUCAGUCAGAGCAAGUUGAUUAUCCUGGAGCACAGGGACUGCUGGAAGUGCGGCACCCUGGAGAGUUGUCUGAGACAGCGAGUGAGACUUGGAGCGUGGAUGUUCUACAAAGUGAUUCUGAGCACCCGGAAGAAAGGCUACAUGAGUUGGAAGAAACACAGGAUGAUAGUACCCUGGAAGGUGAUUUAUUGGAUGACAAAGCCAAUGAACAUGAAAGGAACAGAGAGGAUGAUCAGUACUUUGAUGCUAUAGAUAACAGUACCAGAGCAUUGGAAUCCAUUAGACCAUCUGAUGUACUUGACUCAAUGGGAGCUGUUGGUGGUGUAGGCAACUUAUUUGGAGAGAGACCCCACCAUGCCAUUCCAAGGGUCGUACCUCCGACAACAGAAAGGGGAAAACAUGCGGAUGAACUAACUCACAGAUUUAUAAAUCUAGAGACUGGUAGAAAAGGUGGUGCCACUGCACAUGAACAAGAUGGUUUGCUGGAUUCAUUUGAUCCAUUCGCUCCAAGUGGGAAUGCGUUUCCUUCAUCAUCUGGUGGGGGUGAUGGCACUCUGCUUGCCAGUCGUAGUCAACGUGACAGUGGUAUCGGUACCAGUAAUUCAAUGUCACCAAGUACACCUGAAAAUGUAUCUGGAAACCUGGCUCAGUCACCAAAUAGGCGGAGCAACCCGUUUUACGGUGAGCAUGCAAGUGGACAUUCACACGGCCACCCGGAGAUGCAGAGCAACACAAAGUCAAACGAGGCUUCCGAUUCACUGUUACCAGAUGCAUUUCCCAGCUCUGUUGAGUCUGGGGGAUGUGGAGACGAAAGCCGAACAAGUAGUUUAGCUAGCUCAUCAAGUAACUCUAGUGGUGCUGGAACGAACAGAUCUGUGGAGAUACCCCUUGAGAGUAAUAUGAUUGUAAAUGGUGGAAAGUCUGUUAGCAAUGAUGGUGCAGUCAAUGUCGCGGGUAUUGAUCCCAGGCAGGAUGGUGGGGAAAGUCCAGAUAAAGGAAAUAAGUCAUGGUGGAAGAAGAAACUCCCGUUUAAAGUUCCCAGCAGAAAGGGUAAAGGCGGUAAAGCCGACAAAGAUAAAGAGCAGUCGUCACUGUUUCAGCAUCUCUCUUUCAAUAUGCAUCAUUCUGAAUCAGCUCAUCAUAACCAUCAUCCACAUCAUCAGCCCUCUCACCAAGGUGAUAAUGAAAUGGCGAAAUCUCUACCGACAGCUUUAUCCGCUCCAAACAGCGACGAUAUUAUGACCAAAUAUAAGAACCUCUCAAUCAUGGGCCAGGCUGUUGAUGUUCAAGAUCCCGAAGACAUACUUAACAAAUAUCGUCACAAACUCCAUAGCGGACUGUCCAGUUCAGCACCUAUGGAGAAUGCUUUAGUUAACUUUGGUUCCACAUCUGAUAACAACGAUGUCCCAAAUGGACACGGUGAUCACCCGGAUAGUGCUGCAGACAACAUGCUUAUCACCGGUGAAAAUAUUGAGUCAACGUAUGCUUUUAGUGACGCUAAGCGCAAACUAAGAAUUGUUCUCUGCUCAGCUGACUUUCACACGCUUCCCUGGUUGACUAACUUCUCGACGAGUGUGGUCACACCGCAUCGCUGUAAUUUUAACGAGUGUGGCAGUGCUAAGGAGAGUCAUGAGAAUGAAAUGAUUGCGUUUUUAAAAGUACAGCUUGCUGAAGCGAUAAAUUUACAGGAUAAAUCACUUAUUGCUCAGUUACACGAAACACUAAGAUGUGUUCGGCAGUUUGAUGUACAGGGAUGUAAGAAACUUCUGCAAUCAUUAAGAGAAGACUACCUCAGCAGAGCGCCAUAUAUUGCAUAUCUAAUACGAUGCAGGAAGGGACUGUUAGCCACGCAGGCACAUUUAGAAAGACUCCUUGAACGAGUGGAAAGAGAUAAGAUGGUCUGCAAUAAGUACUUCACAUCAUUAUGUGUCCGACAGUUCCUUGAAAGACAAGAGCAUGCAAUCCACAGAUUUAUUAUUGGCUUCCAAGCACUCACUGUGUCUGAUGAAAAAACUGAUCACGUUGAGGAAUUCCUGCAACAUCUCUAUAAUUGGAUAUCCCAAGAUCCUAUAUGGCAAGCCGCUACCGAAGACCAGAUACUAGAUGCUCAGGUUGCGACAGAACGAGCCAUAAUGAGUAGAAUAUACAAACAAGCGUUGUAUCCGAAUGGUGAUGGUGAUAUCAUGCGGGACCAAGUGCUUCAUGAACACAUCAAAAGAUUAUCCAGGGUUGUGACAGCCAGCCACAGGGCACUACAGGUGGCUGAGAAGUAUAGGAAAGAAGCCCCCUGGCCAUCAGCACAAGCAGAAUUACUUACCAUUAAUGUAUAUAAAACACCAAAAGAUAAACUACAGUGUGUAAUCCGCUGCUGUUCAACUAUCAUGAAUCUGCUUAGUAUGGCCAAUGAUAAUUCCGUACCUGGCGCUGAUGACUUUGUUCCUGUAUUGGUAUUUGUACUUAUCAAGGCUAAUCCGCCAGGUCUACUAUCUACAAUUCAAUACGUCAAUAGCUUUUACGAGAAAAGACUCAAUGGGGAAGAGCAGUAUUGGUGGAUGCAAUUUUCUGCGGCUGUUGAAUUCAUUAAAACUAUAGAUGAACGAAAGUAA